AUGGCGCUCACAAGAAUUGGUCUUGCCGGCCUUGCGGUCAUGGGGCAGAACCUUGCCCUCAACAUUGCAGAGAAAGGCUUCCCCAUCUCUGUCUACAACAGGACAACCUCCAAGGUUGAUGAGACCGUGCAGCGUGCCAAGGCAGAAGGAAACCUUCCUGUGUACGGCUUCCAUGACCCUGCAUCCUUUGUGAACUCCAUUCAGAAGCCGCGUGUCGUCAUCAUGCUUGUCAAGGCCGGCGCACCAGUUGACCAGACCAUUGCGACGCUCGCAGCUCACUUGGAGCAGGGCGACUGUAUCAUUGAUGGAGGGAACGAGUGGUAUGAGAACACUGAGAGGAGGGAGAAGGCCAUGGAGGAGCGUGGCCUCCUCUAUCUUGGAAUGGGUGUCUCUGGAGGAGAGGAGGGUGCCCGCAACGGACCGUCCUUGAUGCCUGGAGGCUCAUUUGAGGCUUACAAGUACAUUGAAGACAUUGUUCUCAAGGUGGCUGCUCAGGUCCCUGACAGUGGCCCAUGUGUCACCUAUAUUGGCAAAGGUGGAUCAGGCAACUUUGUCAAGAUGGUUCACAAUGGAAUUGAGUAUGGUGAUAUGCAGCUGAUUUCUGAGGCAUAUGAUGUUCUCAAGUCAGUCGGUAAGCUCACCAACAGUGAGCUGCACCAGGUGUUCUCCGAAUGGAACAAGGGUGAGCUCCUUAGUUUCUUGAUUGAGAUCACGGCUGACAUAUUUGGCAUCAAGGACGAGCAGGGUGAGGGCUACUUGGUCGACAAAGUCCUUGACAAGACCGGGAUGAAAGGAACUGGGAAAUGGACAGUGCAGCAGGCUGCUGAGCUAUCGGUUGCUGCUCCUACAAUUGAGGCUUCCUUGGACUCCAGGUUCCUGAGCGGACUGAAGGACGAGCGGGUUGAGGCUUCCAAAAUCUUCCAAGGGGAUUACUCCACUGGCCUACCAGUGGACAAGGCACAGCUGAUCGAAGACGUGAGGCAGGCCCUCUAUGCCUCCAAGAUCUGCAGCUAUGCUCAGGGCAUGAACAUCAUCAAGGCCAAGAGCUCAGAGAAAGGAUGGGGCCUCAACCUCGGCGAGCUAGCCAGGAUCUGGAAGGGCGGAUGCAUCAUCCGCGCCAUCUUCCUCGACCGCAUCAAGAAGGCCUACGAUAGGAACCCUGACCUCGCCAACCUCCUCGUGGACCCUGAGUUCGCACAGGAGAUCAUGGACAGGCAAGCGGCAUGGCGUAGGGUGGUCUGCCUUGCCAUCAACAAUGGCGUCAGCACCCCAGGCAUGUCCGCUAGCCUGGCCUACUUCGACUCCUACCGGAGGGACAGGCUGCCUGCCAACCUGGUGCAGGCCCAAAGGGACUACUUCGGAGCUCACACCUACGAGAGGGUUGACAUGCCUGGCUCUUUCCACACUGAGUGGUUCAAGAUUGCGCGCAACAUCUCCAAGAACUGA